CUAGUCAUACUCUGCGUACAAUAGUAGAUGCCUAGAUGGUCACUCUAUAUAGUAUCGUGAUAACUUGGUGAUAACUCUCAGUUGAGUUUGUUGAUUGUUUGUGCGUCUAUAAUCAAGGACGAUUUAGUUUAAUUGGUUUUGAAGUAAUAAUUAAAUUCAGUUUAACGACAUUCACUUUAAAAAGCACGCACUUGCCUAUUAAUACAAUAGGGCGUGUAAGGUAACUAGAUAUUAAAUCUUGUGCAAUAUUCAAACGGCCAAAAUGUCUCUUUACCCAUCUCUAGAAGAUAUGAAAGUUGAUAAUAUGGUAAGGGCUCAGAUGGCUCAACAACAAAAUCAUGCACCACCGUCUUAUCAAUUGCCGUACCAGCCACAACCAGCCGCUGUAGCGCCUAGCGCACCAAGACAUGUUUAUCCUGCAUUAGGUGAAUAUAUGGGAUUAGAGCUCUCACCUGAUGUUAUUGCUCUUAAUAUGCCUGAGUAUCAAAUACAAACAGUUCAUCCUUCGGGAGCAGAGACCAAUAUUGUGGCUCCACUUUCAUCGCAGUCUCCUAGUUUGUUAAAAGCGACAGUUACUCAAGGGAUAAGACAAGUUAUUAUUUGUAAAGACCAGCAUGGUAAAUGUGGCUUAAGACUGCAUUCGGUCAAUAAUGGGAUUUUUGUGUGUUAUGUUGAGGCCGGAAGCCCAGCUGCCUUAGCUGGACUAAGAUUUGGUGACCAGAUAUUGGAGAUAAAUGAUGUAGCAAUGGCUGGAUUGAGUAUGGAACAAAGUCAUGCACUUUUAAAGAAAGCUCCAACUAAUGGAAUCAGACUUGCAGUUCGUGACAGGCCAUUCGAAAGAACUGUAACUUUACACAAGGAUUCUCUCGGUCAUAUUGGCUUUCAAUUUAAGGAUGGACAAAUUGUUGGACUAGUCAAGGAUUCCUCAGCUGCACGCAAUGGGUUGUUGACUGAUCAUCAAUUACUUGAAAUAAAUACCAUUAAUGUCGUAGGCAUGAAAGAUAAGGAGAUAUCAAGGGUCAUAGAAGCAAGUCCAUCAGUUGUGAAUGUGACCAUUAUACCACAUUACAUUUAUAAGCAUAUGAUAAGCAAAAUGUCAAGUUCAUUGUUUAAGGAACAGGACCGCACCCCUGCAGUGUAAUAAAAACAAUGAAAAAUUAAAUGCCAUUACAAAUUAAACAAAAGCGCAUACUUUUUAAAAUAUAAAAUUGAUUUUUCUAUUAAUCACAAUAGUGCAUUAUAAAUUAUUUGUCAUAAUUUUAUAAAUUAUAAACUCAGUUUAUAAUAAUUCACAAAAUUUCCUGUCUCUGUAUAAAUAAAAUACAAUAUUUGCAAAAACAUUGUAUUUUAUUACCAGAACACGUACAUCGAAAGAUGCGUUUUGUUUGUAGCAAAUAGUUUUUGCCUUUACUUUGGUGCUGCAUGUUUACACAGCUUUGUUAUUAAUGAUUUUAUUUUUGGUCAUGACUAAAUUAUUUUAUAUACUAUAUUAUAGUCGGUAAGGGCUGUGAAGAUAAUGACUUGGUUAUUUCUUUGUGCAAAAUAGGGGGCAAUCCCUAAAUUAUGUUAUCUGUUGUUGGGAGAGGGGGGGGGGGGUAUGUCAUUAAGUGACAAGGGGCGGGGUGGGGUCCAAUAUUUUAUGACAUCACAUUUCAAAAUACAAUAUAUCGUUAUAGAAUUUUUAGUUAAAUGGAAAUAAAUAUAUUCUCAUAACUGAUGUUGUAAUUUAACAAAUAAGAAUUUAAUGGGAAAUUGGCAAAAUAUGUGACGUCACCCCCUAGGUAAGGGGGUCUCAUAAAUGUCUCUCAGUGUGAGUGGGGGGGGUCCAAAAAUCAUCAAAUUCAUGUGACGUAAUUUAAGGAUGACCCCUAACUAUUGAAUUCAAUUAUUAUUAGUAUUAUUAGUUAGUUUUACUUCACGUUUUUAGUCACUUUCAAAAUUUUGUUUGACUUAUAAUAAGCUUAUACGAAUCUACGUGAAAAUUAUGAUAAAUAUUUUAUAUGUUAAGCAAAUACAUGAAUAAAUAAAAUUACAAAAUUGAUAUAUGUAUAAGAAAGUAAAACCAUUAUAUUCGCCACUAAUGAACAAAAUGAUUUAAGACUGCAUUAAAGAAUUUUCAAUUAAUAUUAAUUGUUAUGAAGUUAAAUAUUUUUGCAAAUUAAAUUUCAAGUAAAAAUAUUAAAAUGUUUGUAUAAUUUUUUUUUAAUAUUAAAAAAAACCUCAUCUUUCACAUUCUUUCAUUACCGAUAGACAUUGUUUACUCAUUUUACCCACGACAUAUCUACAAUAGGGUUAAUAGAAAAUCAAAUAUCUACGCUAAACUAAAUAAAUGCGUGUAAAAUUUAAUUUGUAAGAGAAAACACUUGUUUAUUAAUAAGAUAUAAGUAUAGAUUAUUGACACGUUUUUGAUAAAAUAAAUUUUAUAUGGAGCUUAAAUAUAUAGUUUUAUAAUUUAUCAGCAGAUGAUUAAACACAUUCUUAAUAUUCAAUUAGUAUAUAAUCAUUUAUUAUGUAGAUAAUUUUAAGAGUGUUAUUAAGUGCACGAAAUCUUAAACGUUAGUUGCGAACACAGUGACCCAAAGAGAUUAUUUGUGCCAAUUUUUUAGUUUAGACGAGUUUUAUUAAUGAAAUUGAAUUUUUUUAUUAGUUUCCUAAGACGAACUACACAUUAUGACUUUCGCUCACUUUCGACAAUCAUUGUGCGAUUCUUCAUGAUUAAAAAUGGAACUCAAAGAUACGUCGUAUUGAAACGUCAUGUAUCCGGUUUAUUGGUACUUCUCGAAAGUCUAACGUGGAUGAAUGAGGAUGACCAUGUCGAUUACUGAAAUCAAAACAUUUCUUAUAUAAAACUUCUAAUUGAGUAUAUAGGUUUCAAAAUGUUAAAGAAAUUUUGUGAUUAUUGCAAUUUUGUAGCAUAAUUAUUGAUAAGUUUUUUUAUUACAGGAAAAUAAAUUUAUAUCAAUAUAA